UAUAUGUAUCCCGCUAUCAUUCAAAACGAAUGAGCAGAGAUUCAUAGCUGACUUCCAACUGGAUCCAUAUUUGCGAAGAAAUUUCUGACUACAUUCAGUAUUCAUCAGGAAGACAAAUUUGAGUACAACCCUGUUUAUAGAGACAAACUUAAACGAAUACAAUGCCAGAAGUCUACUCGUUAUUUUCUUUCACAUCUACUACGAACUUGUCAAAAUGGUUUCAGAAAUUUCAUGGCAACUAUUGAAACAAGCUAGUAUCCUUGGUUUAGCACCAGUAUUAUGCAAUGAAGUUGACCUGGUUGACUUAUGCACUCAAAUUCCAGUAUCAAAUAAUAAGAUUAUGAUAAAUGUAAGCGGUGUACACUAUGAACUGGCAGAAUCACUUGUACAACGUUACCCGUCAACACUGCUUGGUUCAAGUGAACGUGACUACUUUUAUGAUGCUACCAACCAUGAAUACUUUUUUGAUCGUGAUCCUGAAUUGUUCCGAUAUAUCUUAGCAUAUUAUCAACAUGGUAAACUGCAUUAUCCAAGAAAUAUCUGCAUAUCCGCUUUCGAAAAUGAACUGAAAUUUUUCGCUAUCUUGUCUGACAACCUUUCUGAUUGUUGCUAUGAAAAUUUUAUUGAUCAUUCAAAAGAUGUUGAAGAACGUCUUGAAGAUGAUAAGAAAUCGCUUGCAUUGCAUAAGUCUUUAACGGUUACAAAAGAUAUAUUUCGUGUGAAAUUGUGGAAAAUGUUUGAAAAUCCUGAAGAGAAUAGCGUGGCGAAUAUGAUUUAUUACACAACUGGAUUUUUUAUUAUUGUUUCUGUUUUAUCUAAUAUGGCGGAAACCAUACCAUAUAGUGAUGGUAAACUAAUGGAUUUACACCCUAUCAGAACAUACGGUGAUAAAUAUUCAAAUAUAUUUUUUUGUAUAGACAGCGCAUGUGUACUAAUAUUCACUAUUGAAUACGUAGCUCGAUUGUACGCCUCACCAUCACGUUGUAAAUACAUUCGAUCUAUCAUGGCUAUUAUUGAUUUAACUGCUGUUCUACCAUACUAUAUAAGUUUAGUUGUCCCAGCAAGAUUACAAUUCUCAGGUUCAUUGGUUACACUUCGUGUGUUUCGUGUAUUUCGUAUAUUUAAAUUUUCACGACACAGUCAAGGAUUACGAAUAUUGGGAUAUACGCUAAAAUCGUGUGCAGAGGAAUUAGGCUUUUUGUUAUUCAGUUUAACUUUGGUUGUGAUUAUAUUUGCUACGGUGAUAUACUACAUAGAAAAGUUUGAUGAAAACUCUACAUUUUAUAGUAUUCCUGAUGCUUCAUGGUAUACUAUUGUUACCAUGACAACAUUAGGAUAUGGUGAUAUGAUACCAUCCACAGUGUUAGGAAAAAUUAUUGGCAGCGUCUGUUCAUUAUGUGGUGUAUUGGUUAUUGCUCUACCAGUACCAGUCAUUGUAUCCAAUUUUUCACGCAUCUACCAAAGAAAACAAAGAUCAAGCAGACAAGCCAUGAGACAAUCUAUGCGUGCUGCAAAUCAGUUAGCGAAAACCAGUCAGCUGACACAUAGUCAACCAAGAAUGUCAAAAUCAAAAAUUUCCAGUAAUAUGAGAUUAAAAGCAUUAACAUUCAAGUCAAAUUACAGAUUAUCUCAUAAUUUCAUUGAACAUGGAUCUACAACACAAACAACACUAAGAGCAAUGGCUAACUGGUCUAGAAGACGAAUAAGAUUGAGAUCUUAGUUGUAAACCGUAAUCCAUUCGAUAAGAAAAGGGGGAUGCUGCUACAAAUCAGAUUACAAAGAAAUCUCUAAAGCUUAUACAAAAUUAUGCAAGUGGAACAGUUUGUGAACUAUUUCGAAAAAAAGAUUCACAAACUUCCGUUUUAUCCAUUUUACUUGUCAGUUUUUUUGACUAGCGUAUGCAACAAGAAUUUAUUUUAGAAAGCUUGUUUAUGCCUUCUGUAACUUCUAUUUGUAUUUAUGAAAUCUACUAAGUAACUGCUGAUAGUCGAUUACUUGGAGUAUAUUUUAUAUCAGAAAGCAAUAUUUACU